AUGAGAGCCGGAUCUCCGUUUGACUCGCAGGAUCCUCUCCAAUUAAGCCCCGUCUCUCCCCUCAAAUCCCAACAUCAACUUCCAGCACCAUCAUCCCCAUUUCAUCAGGACACCGGCUCCGGUCGGUUGAAGCGACGUGCCUCACAAGGAUCUCUCCUCACCAAGCCUUCUCCCGUCUCCCGUUUCCUGUCUCGCAGUAACGCCUCGCUGCACCUGCCCUCUUUUGAAGAUCUCGGCCUCGCCUCCAAAUCUCCGACCCGGGCUGAAUCCCAAGCCAAUCCUUCCGACUCUCGUCUCCGCGUCUCCACCUCCUCCACCGCAUCGGGCUCGCUGGCGGCUCGAGCGUCCCAGUCAACCUCCGGGGUGUGGGAGACACCCGCCAAAAGUGACUAUCUUUCCGCUCUGCCUCCGACGCCCCCGGAUGACAACGACCAUAUCGCGUGGAACCCUUCUUCCGGCAUGUUGCUGUUCGAGUCGCAUAUGAACCGGGAGCCCGGGCCAAUGGCCAUGGAUGAAGGCCCGAACAUCAACAACUCCCCAGGGCGGGCUUCAGACGGCCUCAGCAGCCCCUCCGAUCAACUUUCGAAUGGAUCGCCCUCGAGCUCUGGUGGGAGUCCCGGGUCUUCGGGCGAUAUGGAUUGUGAUCACAACUCAUGGCUGGAAAAUAGUAUCGAAGCAUCAGUAUCAUCCCUUCCCUUUUCAAACGGUCGCGGAGAGGCUGUGAAGAUAGUCUCGCAAAUGCUGCCUUACCCACGACCGGCGGAUAAGUCUGCCCCGGUCUCAGCACACGACAGUGUGUACUGCGCCCUCGUCCACGCGGUUCAAGAUCGCCUCCGUCACGGGCAAUCUCCAUACAUCAACAUCACACAUGCGGUUCCCGAACAAUUUAGUCUCUCCAACUUACCCAGCUCUCCCCCACCUACACCUCGCUCGCUGUUCCACAGCGAAGACUAUUUCAACCCCGCUGUCUUUUCCAGCGCAGCCGUGGUUUCCGCCUAUCACGAUUUCCGGGGUCCGAUCCAGGCCAAGGCAGCGCACUCUCCGAUGCCGGUCGUACCCCCGUUCACUGUUCAUGUCUCGGUCCUGGAACGCUAUCUCCCCCCAUCGUCGGCACAGGAGUACAAGGACCUGUUCUCGGCCUCCCGACCGUCCUUCCUGGUGGACCGGCUGCACGAGCUGUCUCCCGAUGGAGGGUCAUUACUGUUUGUCUACCCCACGCGCAGGGGAGCGUCGACCUUCAAGUCACAGUACCUGGGACCCAUCCUGGACCCCUUGCUUCGUCAGCUUGUGGUCGUCAAUGAGUUGUCCACCGAUAUCGGUCGGUAUCUGGGCAAGCUCUCCUCGGUCUCCCACAUGGAAGACUUUGACACGAUGCGGAACAAUCUCACCGAGCUGUGUGGCCAGUUGAGCACGUCGUCUUCCCAAUUUAGUAUCGUCGAUGCCCGCAAAGGCAGCGCCCAUUUGGAUCGUGAUCUGUGGACCGAGUGGUACAUUCACCAGGAGAAGUCUCGCAUGAAGGAGGUGCUCAGCGUGUACUGGCAGAAUGGCCGCCGUCUCCCCGCCACGAAGGCUGUGUCGAACAUGUCCACGAAUUACAUCCUGGAGGACAAGGAAGUGACGUCGGCCAUGCUGCUGGGCGAGAUCCUGGAUGGAAUCCGGCGUCGGCCGUACGGCGAGGACUCGAAGCCCCGGGACGGCGUUGAGUUGGGCGUUUUUGUGAUCCGUCGGACUCACUAA